AUGGACUAUCUGGACCUCGCACGCUCGUCAUCCUCCUCGUACGGCCCCGGAAGUACAAGCUCUAGCAUGGGGUACAUGUCCGGCUCUGGGUAUGGGAGCUACGGCUCCGGAUACGGAUCAAGCCUGGGGUACGGGUCGGGCUCGGACUACGGUAGCUAUGGCUCCGGAUAUGGAUCCAGCCUCGGCUACGGCAGCAGCGGCUCUGGGUAUGGGAGCUACGGCUCCGGAUCCAGCCUUGGCAACGGCAGCAGCGGCUCUGGGUACGGAGGCUACAGCUCUGGAUACGGCACCUACGGUUCUGGCUAUGGAUCAAGCUCAGAUUACGGCAGCUACGGUUCCGGAUACGGAUCUAGUUCGGGAUACGGCAGCUCAUGCUCAGAUUGCUGUAGUUACAGUUCCGGUUAUGGUUCCAGCUCGGGAUACGGCAGCUCCUGCUCGGAUUGCUGUAGUCACAGCCCUGCCUAUCGGUCCAGCUCAGGAUAUGGCGGCUCCGGCUCAAGGAACUUGACCUACUGGGGUCCGCACGGCCGGGGAUUCCGGCUUUUCGGGGGGUGUCGGUAA